CAAUAGGCUAAGAACAGUUUCUAAUGGAAUUCUCUGACAAAAUUCGAAUCGUUGUAGUUGGAGAUCCUGGUGUGGGGAAAACGAGCUUAGUACAUAUACUUUGUCACAAUGAAGUACUAAGGCAUCCUUCAUAUACAAUCGGGUGUACUGCUGAUGUAAAGAUUCACAGUCAUACUCGUACACAUAAAUCAUAUUUUGUGGAAUUUAUUGAUGUUGGAGGUUCUUCCAAACAUAAAUCUUCACGUAAUAUGUUUUAUCAUCAAAUAAACGGAAUUAUUUUAGUACAUGAUGUUAGUAACAGAAGAUCUUAUUAUAAUUUAUGGAAUUGGGUUUCUGAAAUCAUUGAAUCUGAAGGUUAUAAAGAAUUUGAAAAAUCAAGCAAUUCAAGUGGUAUGAGUGGUUCUCAUGCUAGUAUGAAUUGGAAUAGUAGUGGUAGUGGAAGCUGGAGUAAUGUAAGUGGAAGUUUAUCAGGUAGUUGGAUGAGUGGAAGUAAUAUGUUGAACAAUAGUAUAAGCGGAAAUAUGACCGGGCUAUCUUCCAGCACUUAUAAUGGGCAUAAGAAAAAUGAAGAAUUUAAGCUUUCUUUAAAUGAACGAUCUUUGAACAUACCUAUUCUAGUUGCUGGAACUAAAGCAGAUCUUGUCAAACAUGAGUUAACAGGACGACAGAGACGAUAUAGUAUUAUUGACGAAUUUGGUGGAGACUAUGUAAAUUUAUGUGCUGUGGCUCCUACACAAUUCACACCAAAUUCUAUAGCAAUAGAAAAGAUUAAUUCAUUUUUUGAUAAAGUUAUAGAUAAAAAAUACGGGAUAACUUCAGAACAUUUACAAAGUCCAACAUUAGGAACUUUUGCAGCUUCUUCAUCAACCUCUUUAUCAACAGGAGGUAUUAUAACAAAUAGGGAAGAACGAAGACGUGGAUUAUCAAAUAUUCUAAUUUCAGGUAGUAAUUCAUCGAAUAAUAGUGUAAUAAAUGGAUUACCAAGUCCUGGAUUAAAUAGUGUUAAUUCAAAUAGGUUAGGUGGAGUUGGUAUAAUAAAGGAUCUUUCUCCUAGGAAGCAAGGUUGGAAUGUGUUCAGAAAUCCCGCAACAUAUUCAAAUCAACCUAUAAUAAACGAUGAUCACAAAUUAUUAAGACAUUCAUCUUCAAAAGACAAUGUUAAUUUAUUAAGAACUUAUAAUUCUUCUUCGAAUUUACGAGAUACUUCAUUAUCAUCAUCACCAUCAUCAUCUAACUCAUUAUUACGAUCAAAUUCUACUUCAAAUUUACGUGAAAAUAUAGGAAAUGUUGGAACUAGCAAAUAUAAUUUUUCAUCGUCACUAGGAGGGUUUAAAAAGGACAAUGAAUAAAAAAAUAAAAAGCAAAUAGAAAUCAACUUACUAUUAAUAAUGAACACACAGUUGUAUUAGAUCAGUAUUUAAUUUUGAUAUAGUAUAAUAGUAUCGAUUAAUUAUUAAUGAAAUUUGGUGGUGGAUGUGGUGAGCUUUCUUUCACGUGGAAAAUAGCCAUCAUAGUUGCCGCUAUUUUUAAUGUGAAAUCCUAUUCUUCGCUAAAUUCUAGUUACUACUAGGAAAUUACGAAAGUUGAAUCAGUGAAUUUAUUUAUAAGCGGUUUGGAUUGUGUUUGGAAGUUUAUAUAUAUAUGCGAAAGAGUCUAAGAAAUAAAAAUGAUGUACAUAUGUAAAAUCUGAUAUAGUUUAUAGUAAAAAAAUGAUAUUCAGAUAUUCAAUAUCGUAGUCACGUGAUUUAAUGUCGGUGCAAAUUUGACUCGGAGUUUAUCAUAUGAUCUG